GUACCAAGAUGGCUGCGGGGUGACUUCAAAACAGCGCUCCUGUUACCUCAUCAAGGUUUAUACACAUCAAAUGAUUCGUCAAUGAUCUUGGCGACAAAACAGAGUUGAAGAGGCUGUAUCAUUGGGCUCUGUGAGCUGAAGGAGAGGACCCUUUACCCAAGAGCUAUCGGCUAUUAGCCACCGCUAGCUGGAUUACUGUCGCCAUGGAGUUGGCUCACAGUCUACUUCUGAACGAGGAAGCUUUAGCCCAGAUCACUGAGGCUAAGAGACCCGUCUUCAUCUUCGAAUGGCUUCGCUUCCUGGACAAGGUUCUAGUGGCAGCAAACAAGGUGGAUGUGAAGGAGAAGCAGAAGAAGUUGGUUGAGCAGCUGACAGGGUUGAUCAGCAGUGCCCCUGGCCCUCCCACCAGGAAACUGCUAGCUAAGAACCUGGCUACCCUCUACAGCAUAGGAGACACCUUCACCGUCUUCCAGACACUGGACAAGUGCAAUGACAUCAUCAAGAGCAAGGAUGACACGCCCACUUACCUCCCCACCAAACUAGCUGCUGUGGCCUGUGUUGGUUCCUUCUAUGAGAAGAUGGGGAGGAUGCUGGGAAGCUCCUUUCCCGACACCAUCACCAACAUGCUGAAAGCACUGAAGACUGCAGAGUCCCAGGGUCGUAGUGAGAUUCUACUCAGUCUACAGAAGGUGUUGAAUGGUCUUGGUGGAGCAGCAGCCUCUUGCCAUAGAGACAUCUAUAAAAACGCUCGUUCCCUACUCACAGACCGCUCCAUGGCUGUGCGCUGUGCUGUGGCUAAGUGUCUGCUCGAGCUGCAGAAUGAGGCUGUCUUCAUGUGGACCACCGAGCUGGAGAACGUAGCUACUCUGUGCUUCAAGGCCCUGGAAGGAUCGAACUAUGGAGUGAGGGUAGCCGUAUCCAAACUACUAGGAACCGUCAUGGCCACGGCCCUGAUGCCCAAACAAGCUGCAGUGAUGCGUCAAAACGUGAAACGUGCCACACUGGACGAGGUGUUGGAGCUGAUGGCUACAGGCUUCCUAAGAGGGGGGUCUGGCUUCCUGAAGAGCGGGGGGGAGAUGCUGAAGGGAGGGGGCUCUGUCAGCAGGGAGGUACGGGUGGGAGUCACACAGGCAUAUGUUGUAUUCGUGACCACGCUGGGCGGCCAGUGGCUGGAGCGGAACUUUGCCACGUUCCUGUCUCAUGUCCUGGACCUGGUCAGCCACCCGCGGGCCACCCAGACACACGUGGAGGCGGUGUACUCUCGUCGCUGUGUGUCGUUCAUGCUGCGCUCCACUCUGGGGGGGCUGCUCGGGGAGAAGGCCCAGAUCGCUGCGGGGAAAGACAUCUGCCAGGCUAUCAGUAAACAGAUGAGGGCUGUGGGUAAGGAGAUAGAUGGGGGGGAGAUUUCACGGUUCAGAGCUUUACAGAAGGCAGUAGUGAAUGACACCAGUGGAGAGAACAAGGCAGGGGCAGCUGAUGUUUCUGCCAGUCAACACGUGAUGGUCUGUGCCCUCAAAGAGCUGGGCAGCCUGGUGCAGAGUCUUAGUGCCACAUCCUCACCGCUCAUACAGGAACCCUCCAUUGGUCUCCUGGAGACGGUCUCCUCUGUGCUGCUCCACCCCAGCAUGGCGGCCCGUUUGGCUGCGGCCUGGUGUUUACGCUGCGUUGCCGUGGCGCUGCCCUAUCAGCUGACUCCGUUGCUGGAGCGCUGUGCGGAGCGCAUCAACAACCUGAAGAGCUCUCCAGAGGCCGUCAGCGGCUACAGCUUCGCCGUGGCUGCUCUGCUGGGCGGCGUGCACCAGUGUCCUCUGGGAGUACCACAUUCCAAGGGGAAGCUGGUGGUGAGCAUAGCUGAGGACUUGCUCCGUACAGCAGCCCAGAACAGCCGUCUUUCUCUGCAGAGAACCCAGGCUGGAUGGCUGCUGCUGGGGGCACUAAUGUCUCUGGGCCCGUCCCUGGUCCGCUAUCACCUUCCCAAGAUGCUGCUGCUGUGGAGGAACGUGUUCCCCCGUUCCCAGAAAGAGAUGGAGGCAGAGAAGGCUAGAGGAGACAGCUUCACCUGGCAGGUUACGCUGGAGGGACGUGCUGGGGCUCUCUGUGCCAUGCGUAGCUUUGUGGCCCAUUGUCCUGAGCUGCUGACGGAGGAUGUGAUCCGCAGGCUGAUGACACCUAUCGAGUGCGCCAUGACCAUGAUGUCACAUGUCCCGUCUGUCAUCAAGGUGCAUGGCACCCAUCUGAAAGCCAGUGCAGCUAUGGUGAGGCUGAGACUCUAUGACAUCUUGGCGCUGCUUCCCCCGAAGACAUACGAAGGUAGUUUCAAUGCCCUGCUGAGAGAGCUGGUGGCCGAGUUCACUCUGACUGAUAACUCGGCCAACACCACCACCUCGUUGCUACGCUCCCUCUGUCACUAUGACGACAGUGUUCUGAUGGGGUCCUGGCUACAGGAGACUGACCACAAGUCUAUCGAGGACCAGCUCCAGCCCAACAGUGCGUCAGGCAGUGGCGCUCUAGAACACGACCCCUCCUCCAUCUACCUGAGGGUACCGAUGGGCGAGGCCAUGCCUGGGCCCCUCCCCCUUGGCGUUUCUGUCAUCGACGCCUCCGUCGCUCUGUUCGGAGUGGUUUUCCCUCAUGUCUCCUUUAAACACAGGCUGCAGAUGCUGGACCACUUUGCAGAGUGUAUUAAACAGGCCAAGGGGGUCAGACAGCAGGCUGUCCAGCUCAACAUCUUCACCGCUGUCCUGAGCGCCCUCAAGGGUCUGGCAGAGAACAAGUCAACCCUGGGUCCUGAAGAGGUUCGUAAAUCUGCCCUGGCGCUGGUGAUGGGCGCUCUGGACAACCCAAACCCCAUCCUGCGCUGUGCUGCUGGGGAGGCCUUGGGAAGGAUGGCUCAGGUGGUGGGAGAGGCCACCUUCAUUGCCCGCAUGGCACAGUACAGCUUUGACAAACUGAGGUCAGCCCGUGACGUGGUCUCCAGAACAGGCCACUCCCUGGCUCUGGGCUGUCUGCACAGAUACGUAGGAGGGAUUGGUUCAGGACAGCACCUCAAAACCAGCGUCAGCAUCCUAUUGGCCCUAGCCCAGGAUGGAACCUCCCACGAGGUCCAGACGUGGGCCCUCCACUCCCUGGCUCUCAUCGUAGACUCCAGUGGUCCCAUGUAUCGAGGCUAUGUGGAGCCCACCCUCUCCCUGGUCCUGACCCUGCUCCUAACCGUACCCCCGUCACACACUGAGGUACACCAGUGUCUGGGACGAUGUCUGGGCGCUCUCAUCACCACGGUUGGACCCGAACUACAGGGUAACGGAGCGACCAUCUCGACGAUCCGCUCAUCAUGUCUGGUGGGCUGUGCCAUCAUGCAGGGUCACAGCGACUCCCUGGUGCAGGCAGCGGCCAUAUCCUGUCUCCAGCAGCUACACAUGUUCGCCCCGCGUCACGUUAACCUCUCCAGCCUGGUGCCCUGUCUCUGUGUCCACCUGUGUAGCUCUCACCUGUUGCUGCGCCGUGCAGCGGUGGCCUGUCUGAGACAGCUGGCCCAGAGAGAGGCUGCAGAGGUCUGUGAGUACGCCAUGAGUCUGGCCCGCAACAAGGACAGCACGGACUCAACCACCGUCAAUCUGAACAUCACAGAGACUGGUUUGGAGGGGGUUCUGUUUGGAAUGCUGGACCGGGAGACGGACAGGAAGCUUUGUCACGACAUCCAUGACACUCUGGGCCACAUGCUCUCCUCGCUCGCCGUGGACAAGCUCUCUCAUUGGUUGAAGCUCUGCAAGGAUGUCCUGGCUGCUACGACAGGUCACAAGGCUGGAGGAGGGGUUGUGGCACCGGUAGAUCUGGGUAAAGAAGAGGACGACUCGGAGAAGCAGGAUGAGAUCGACGAUGACAUCAUGUUUACGGCGCUGGGAGAGGACAAUAACGCCAAGCCGUCUGUGGCGCCACGCUGGGUGACCCGUGUGUUCGCCGCAGACUGUCUGUGUCGCAUCAUACUGCUGUGUGAGAACGCAGACAAGACCCACUUUGACCUGGCCGGCGCACGCUCUGCUAAGGCCAAGAACCCUAAAGGUGAUCUGCUUGUCCUCCACCUCUCUGACCUGAUCCGCAUGGCCUUCAUGGCAGCUACAGACAACAGUAACCAGUUGAGGAUGGCUGGUCUUCAGGCUCUGGAAGACAUUAUUAAGAAGUUUGCCUCUGUUCCGGAGCCAGAGUUCCCAGGUCACGUGAUCCUGGAGCAGUACCAGGCUAACGUUGGAGCUGCUCUUAGACCAGCGUUCUCCCCAGAUACACCUUCUGACAUCACAGCUAAGGCAUGCCAGGUGUGCAGUACGUGGAUCGGUAGUGGUGUGGUCAGUGACCUGAAUGAUCUUCGUCGCGUCCACAAUCUCCUGGUAUCCUCGCUGGACAAGGUGCAGGCUGGGAAGGAUUCCUCCAGCCAGCUGUACAGUGAGAGUGCUACCACCAUGGAGAAAUUGGCCGUACUGAAGGCCUGGGCUGAGGUGUAUGUGGUGGCCAUGAAGAUAAAGAAGGAAGCAGAGUCUCGGCCGGUGAAGGAGGUGAAGGCAGGAGAAGAGGAAGAGGAGGAGGAGGAGGUGGGAGCAGACAUUCUUCCUCCUGACAGCCUGAUUAUGCUGGUGCAGCCUGAACUACCGUCUCUGUCUCGGCUGUGGUUGGCUGUCCUCAGAGACUACGCUCUGCUCACGCUGCCUGCUGAGUUCUCCAGCCAACUGCCCCCUGACGGUGGUGCCUUCUACACCCCAGAGACCAUCGACACAGCCCGUCUCCAUUACCGUGGCUCCUGGGCCCCCGUUCUCCACGCUGUGGCCCUCUGGCUGAGCAGCACCAGCUUUGGGGCCGGGGAGGGGGAAGAGGAGGCCCCCGCUGUCCCUCCACAGGCUACUGGGGCACCAGUCUACCCCCAGAGUAACCCUGGACCUACUCAGAGCCUGGAGGAUCUUAUUAAGGACAGAAUGCAUCUGAUGUUGGGUGUCAGUAUUGAGUUCCUGUGUUUCCCAAGACCUGAGGAACCUAUAGAACAUGUCAUGUCAUGUCUACAGGCUCUCUGUACCCUACUGGACUCUCCCUGUGCCAGGACACACAUCAGUGAAGACCAGUUGUUAGGUGUAGAGCUGCUCAACGUUCUCCACAGACUACUCCUGACCAGAGAUCCUCCAGCCGUUCAGCUCCAAGUUACGGCUGUGGUGCAGGAGACGAUCCGGGCUGCACAGGACCACCUGACACAGCAGAGAGACACACAGGGUAAGGAGGGUGGAGGGGAGCAGGACGGUCGGUCUCUCCGGGGAGAGGGAGGUGAGACUGGGGAGCUGCUCCCGGGGAAGUCCCUAGUCUUCGCUGCCAUGGAGCUUAUGGUGUUCAUCCUGGUUCGUCACUUACCCCAACUCAACACCAGGGUGAACGAGUCCCCCAGCCACCUGCCCCUCCGACCCCAGCCUCGUCUGCCUGAGGAGAGCACCCGGCUGGUGGCUCACACCGUCUCUAUACUGGCUGAACUGCCGUCACUAUGCUCCCCCGCAGGCAGCAUGACCAUUCUCCCGACUGUACUCUUCCUGAUAACCGGGGUCCUGAAGGAGACGGCUGUGAAGACACCUGAUAACUCCAUCCCCCUGCCAGUCUCAGCUGCUCUACAGGGUAUAAAGACCAUCAUCACCUCUCCUCUGGCCCGGGCUGAGAAGACUCCCACUCAGUGGACAGGACUGAUUAGGAGUAGUCUGGCUUCUGUUCUAGAAUAUUCUCAACCAGAUGAGUCUCGUCCCAACAUGGAUGAGGUCAGUAUGCUGACAGCCAUGACCCUCUUCCUGCUGUCUGCCAGUUCAGAGGUCAUAGGAGUCACUGUGCUGCAGCAGGGUUGUAUGGAACGCUAUAGGAACGCACUCCUCUCCUCUGACCCCUGGGUCCAGGCGCGGUGUUACCAGCUCCUCCUGUCCGUGUUCCAGCACCCCAGCCGUGCGUUAUCCACCCCCUACAUCCACGCCCUGGCACCGCUUAUGGUGGAGAAACUGAAGGGGGUGGAGAGGAGUCGCCCAGGCACGGUCACAGAGCUGCAGGCCGUACAGGAGGGCAUCAGGGUUCUGGAGAACCUAGUGGGCAUGGCAGAGGAACAGAACCGGGUACAGUUGCUAGCUCUGCUCGUGCCCACCCUGGUCUCCUAUCUCCUGGAUGACAAGGCCUUCUCCUCUGCUCCUCCUGCCUCCAAGGGCCUACAUGAGUUUGCUCUCCAGAACCUGAUGCGGAUCGGGCCCCUCUACCCAGCUGCCUUCAAGACAGUGAUUGGAGCUGCACCUGAGCUCAAGACCCGCCUUGAGUCGGCCGUCAGAGCCAAUCAGGCGAGCAGCAAAGCCAAAGCAGCAGCCCUAUUGGCCCAGCCAACUGUGCAGGCCGCGCCCACCAUCAAACUCAAAACAAGUUUCUUCUAAAUAUCCCUGAAAUGCAGAAUACUUUAUCAUCCUGGUGUAAUGUCGUCUGAUCCGGCUCUAAGAUGUUCUUUAUUUAACUUGGUUCUCGGUGGAUGAGAUUUUUCUACUUAGUUUUCUUGAAGUCGGCAGGGAGCGGCUGGUAGCCUAGUGGUUAGAGGGGGGAGGCAGGUAGCCUAGUGGUUAGAGGGGGAGGCA